GGUUGCCAAAACGACAUACAACUUAUAAAAUGGAUGUGUUUGUAUUACUCAAAAGAGACCAUAUCCACGCCAAUGUUACGGUUAUUAAUCAAGGCUUGUUGCUUAACCGUCCACUGUUCCACUAAGAGACUGCCCUGCCCAGAGGGCCUGCUUACUGUCCCCAGAUACAGCAAUCAGCAGAGAGAGCGAAGAAGGGGAGAAAGAGAGAGGGUACAUACCCACUUCACCGCCAGCCUUCCUCUUUCACACUCCCAGACACAUCCUCUGCUCAGAGGCCGGCAGGAAGGGAAGGGAGGAAGGGAGAAAGAGCAAGAGCAAGAGGGACGGAGUGAAAGCGGGCACUCCUCCCUCUAAAUGAUCCAGAUGGUGAGCAAUGACUGAGCAUGGGGGCAGGCUUCAUGUACAACAGUGCCUCUCUGUGUCUAAGGGCGCUAAGAUUCUAGAGUAAACGGAUCUCAUGGGGAGAUUUUGGUUGAACUUCAUUGUUAGAGCUGUCACCACUGAAAAGGCUUCUCCAGCGGUCCACUAUAAAACCCCUGGAAAAGAGCGACAGGCAAGAGCUCCUUCAGUCAACCUCUUGGACAUUAAACUACGCAAGCCUCUGCAGUGAGAGUAGCACCACGUGAAUUCUUCGAUUUUAUUUUCAACGAAAACGGUGCAAUGAUGUUUCCAAGUGUUAUUGCACCUUCGAUGUAUCCGCACUUUCUGCGGCCCUCGGCGGCGCUUUCCUUCUCUCCGUCUUUACAGACGGCGUUUACCACGCACUCGAGUUUCCUGGUGGAGGACCUGUUGCGGAUCAGCAGACCUGCCACCUUCAUGCACAGGAGCAUCCCAUCUCCAAGUGCAUCUCCUCCGGCCACGGGAGCCACAACUCUGAAUAACUCCUCUCCAGUCCACGAUGCCAUGUUUACAUCUUUGCCAAAAAGAUCAAGCUCACCACAAACAUCGAUUUCCAACAACGAUCCAAAUUACUUGAAAUUUGGAGUCAAUGCGAUUCUUGCGUCAACAACGCGAAACGCUUCACCACCACCUUCAGUGCAAGGGAUGCACACGAAAACAUUUCCUUUCCCAUGUUUUGAUGGCUCAUUCCACCCAUUCAUCAGAGCAACAUAUUUCCCAGCAUCGUCUUCAGUAGUGCCUAUUCCCGGAACUUUCGCAUGGCCUCUCACAGCUCGAGGGAAGCCGAGGAGAGGAAUGCUCCGACGGGCCGUUUUCUCAGACGUGCAGCGCAAAGCUCUGGAAAAGAUGUUCCAGAAACAAAAAUACAUCAGCAAACCAGACAGAAAGAAACUGGCGACAAAACUUGGCCUCAAAGACUCUCAGGUAAAAAUAUGGUUCCAAAACCGAAGAAUGAAAUGGCGCAAUUCAAAAGAAAGAGAGCUUCUGUCGUCUGGAGGUUGCCGGGAACAAACUUUACCUACGAAAAUGAACCCUAACCCCGACUUGAGCGAUGUUGGAAAACAGUUUGAAAAUGAUGUGACUCUGAGAGAAAGCCCGCGCGCGCCUUUCUGCCAGUCUCGCGAGCUCAUCCACAACGUAGAUUUACAUUUCACGCCAUCUUCCAUCUCCAGCAAGCACUCGGACUUUUCAGAAUCAGAGGACGAAGAAAUAACCGUGUCAUAAUCACACUUCUGUUUAUGCACAAAACUCUCUAUUUUUUUUUAUUUUUUAUUUUUAUUUUUUUGUACUUUGGUUCACACAACGGUAGCUGUGUACUUCAACUUGUGAACUUAAUUGAUAGGAAACAUUACAGUUGAAGACUUUUCAUUUUGACCUAACUGCUGCGUUUUGGCAGCUUGUAUAAAGUGUUUUGUAUGAAUAUUUUGUAUGGAAUUUUUAUACCAAGAUUAUUAUACCCUUUCUUGAUGAUUUUGGAUUCUCUGUCUAUAAUCUAAAAUAGGUAGAUGGAA